GGUUUUGUCGGUGAAACGGAUUCUCCCUCGCAUCAUGGCAGCCAUCGAACCAGAAGAAUGGGACGAUAAGCUGGUCGAGCCGCUGCUGCCCGCCCCGCCAGGAGACACGGGGGAGCUGCUUCCCCUUGACCUCCAUCCGGCCGUCGUCUUGGCCGACGACGAAUGCCAUCAAAUGGGCGGUGACAACGUUGUGCACGUUGUCGACGACCCCGAUGUCCACCAACCUGUCGUGGAACUGCGCGGGCCGGACGCCCGUGUCGUAUUCAGUUGCCACAAUGUCAUGCAGUUCCUCGUGCUGUUUGUGCGCAACCUGGACGCGUACUUUGCGCUGGACAUCGAAGUCGUCGACAACACCAAGACGUACCGCACGUUUCACAUCACAAACUCGAGGAGCUUGGCUCGUGUGCAAGCGUCGACGUGUCAAAUGCCGCUGGCGUUCGGAAAGGGAGGGUCCUGGCGCCGCGUCUGCCUCGACGUCCACCGCAUGUGCAAGGAUGCAUUCGGCACAAGCCAUGCCGCCACGGUCCAAGUCCAAGUGUACGCCACGUGCCGCCUCCUUCGCGUGUUCUUUCAAGAUGUCGACUACACCGACCCCGAGUUACCGCCAAUGUUAGCUGUAUUAGAAUGACAGGACGCAGUGACCGUGAGGCGAGCAUAGAAAUUG